UCAAAGCGCCAAGACCUAACCCAAUCCAAUCCAGUCCGAUGGCAGCCUUCACACAGAACCAGCACUUUGCUAUGCUGCUCUUGAUCGCCCUGGCAGGCAGCUCUGCGGCUCAGAUAUUCACCCAAAAUGAUCGCAGCUCCAUACUGAAGUUCAUGGAUGUGCUGAUGAAUGUGCUGGACUUGGAGGCGGACAAUGCCACCAGCACAGUGGCGCCCGGCACGCCUCCUGGCACCAGCGUGGAGACCACUACCACAUUUCCCAGUGAACCCGCAGGUGAAACGACAGCGAGCAGUGACACAACGAGUAACUCGACGGUGGGGGACUCAACGAGUGGGACCACAACUACACUGGGAUCGGACACAACCACUGAGGUCACAUCCACCACAGUGAGACCUCGCAUUUGCUUCAAACGCAUCUGCUACAAAUUUAGCACCGACAAGGGCUACAUCUACUAGUCGCUACUGUCACUCGUUGGAAGGAUGACAGCUGCUCAACACAGCUGCACCCCAUUAUUCAAUCAAUAUUAUUCAAUAAGUCUAAAGCAUCCAAUCAGCAAUCCAAUUAUAUGCUCGUCGCAUUUACUCGCAGGCACUCGCUGCUUGUGUGGACUCGUUGAAUCGUAAAUGCCAUUUGCAGUGUCCUUCCCUUGGGGCUACUCGACCGUGCAACCUUAGAUUAUGCAAUUGAAAUCGUUUGUUGUGCCACAAAAGCCAAUAUUGUGUAAGUCAAAAUGUAUU